UCAGUAUAUUCCUUCAUUCUGUUUGUGGUAAUUUCAUAAAUUUGUUUAACAAAAGGAAAACAGAUUCUUUCGGGAAAAUUUGUGGCAAAUGUAUAUGUAGAUAUUUUUUACACAAGGAAACUGUGUAUAUUUUUUCUAAGAUCUCGAAACCAAGUAAAUAGGUAAAGUAAUCCAAACCACAUAUCGCGAUGGGCUCUAUGGGCAACCAGUUCAUCCUGUCGCGGGAGCGUCGCCGCUUUGGGAGGCAGUGCCUCUUCUCCGACCACAACGAGAUGAUCCUGAGUGUGCAGUCCAGUGGACGGCUGCGCCUCAAGUACAUUCUGCGCAAUCCGAUCAACGAGAAGACGCAGCUGAGCGAGCAGUACGCCGUCUCCUCGGCUUUGACCCACAACGUGACCCUGGAUUCGCACGGGAUCAAUCACUUCGAGGGCGGCUGGAAUGUCAAGGAGGUGAAUGUGGCCGACGAGGAGUCCACCAUGCGCUACCGCAAGAAGGUUGAACGCGAUGACUCCUGGGGCAUCGAGGUAAGCGAACUGAUGCACAGCGUGAUGGACAUCAGUUCGGCCAACAAUGCUGUCAACAUCUACGAGGACUUCUUUGAGGAUCUGCCCGCGGAUCUGGGUAGUGGCAUUAGCAUGAAUAUUGCGGCCAGGGGCAUUCACAUUUUCCACGACCUCUGGAUUCCCGGCCGCACUCUCAAGAUGUGUGAAUGGCUGAACAACGAUCCCAAUCAGUUUCUCCUGACGUACUGCAACGCGAAGAGCCUGUCUCCGGAUUACUCAAAGCCGCUGAAUAUUUUGCCGGACUUUGGCAACAACAAUGCCAAUGCGAUCUACAUUUGGGACUUCGACGACGCCAUUCGUCCGGUGGCCCAUUUCGAUACGAAAAGCGUGCUCCGGAUCGCCAAGGUGUGCAUUCGGGAUGAGAACUACAUGGUGGGUGGACUGCAGGAGGGUCAGGUGUGCUUUUGGCACACGGAAAGCAUGGGUGGCGCCAAGGCGAUGUGCCCCCUGGAGGCUAGUCAUCGCGAGGAGACGUCGGCCCUCUGCUGGGUGCACUCGAAGCUGAACACGGAGUUCUAUUCCGGCUCGCUGGAUGGCUCGAUCAAGUACUGGGACACCCGGGAUCUGCUAAUGCCGGUGUACGAGGUGCUGGCCGAACCGUAUCCCGGGCAGGAGCAAAACCGACAGGACGCACAUGGCGUCACUGUCCUGGAGUUCGAGUACACCAUCCCGGUGCGCUUCAUCGCUGGCACGGACAUGGGCUACGUGUUCGUGGGCAACCGCAAGGGAACCACUCCGUCGGAGACCCUCGUCGGCUGCUACCAACUAUUGGCCGGCCCCAUUCGCGUCGUGAUGCGCAAUCCCUUCUUCGUGAAGAACUUCAUCCUGAUCGGGGACUGGCGGGUGCGCAUCUGGUCGGAGGAGGUGAAGAACUGCCCCAGCACGUUCUACAUCCGCCGCAAGCACCAGCUGAUCAGCGGAGCCUGGAGCACUGGACGCUGCUCGCUCUUCUGCACCGGCGAUGUCCAGGGCAACCUGGAGUUCUGGGACCUGCUCAUGUCCCACUCGGAGCCAAUCAUGACCAUCAAGUACAAGCACGCCAUCACCCAUUUGGUGUUCAAGCCCGACGGAUCCAUUCUCACCGUGAGUCUGGCCAACGGCGACUGUGCCAUGCUCCGCUUGGAGGAGGGCAUGCGAAGUGCCACGGUCAAGGAGAAGUCCCUCAUGAUGGCGAUGUUUGAGCGCGAGAUAUCGCGCUGCAAACUUUUGGAGGCUCGUGAGGAGGAGAUUAAGCUGAAGAAGCGCUUGACCUCACUUCAUCUGGAGGAGGAACGCAAGUCCAAGGAGAAAAUAGACGCCAAAAAGAAAAAAAUUCAGGCCAAGAAGGAGCAGGAGCCCAAAGUGGAGGAUGACGCCACCAUGUUCCUCAGGAUGAUAGAGAACGACACUGAAUUCAGCCGGGCUCUGUUGGAUUUCAACGAGGCCAUCGAAAGCGUCACCAACAAGCGAUCCAAGCGGGUUUUCGUCACGGAACGCACUGUUUUCGAGAGGGAUGGACCGAUGGCGGUGCAAUAAGGAAGGAAUUCUAUAGUACCAAUUGUAUCUUAACAUUUUUAUAGAGUAUUGUGUAACCUGUUUAUGCAUCUUAAUAAAAGCAAUGUGAACCAA